AUGUCUUUUUCCAAACUCUUUCAACCAAUUGAAGUCGGUCGUAUGACCCUACAACAUCGUAUAGCUCUCGCUCCCCUUACGCGCAACCGUAUCGACAAAGAAGGCGUCCCCAUUCUCCCGAUCGUCGCUGACUAUUACGCCCAACGUGCAAGCACUCCAGGCACAUUCCUAAUCGCAGAAGGCACUAUCAUCGCACGUGAGGCUAGCGGAGCCGACAACUUCCCCGGCAUCUGGUCGGACGAACAGAUCGCGAGCUGGAAGAAGAUCACCGAGUCCGUGCACGCACACGGCUCGUACAUUUACCUCCAGCUUGCGGCUUUUGGUCGUUCCGCGAUGCCCGACGUCCUGAGCUCAAAGGGUCUAGAGUAUGUGGCGCCGUCAGCAAUCCCCCUUAGCUAUCAGCCAACACCUCCUCGAGCACUCACCACCGAAGAAGUCAAAGAAUACGUUCAGCUCUUCGCCAAGGCCGCAUCGAAUGCAGUGCAUCUCGCUGGAUUCGAUGGCGUAGAAAUCCACGGAGCCAACGGCUUCUUCGUCGACCAAUUCAUACAAGACAUUUCCAACCAUCGGACCGAUGAGUACGGCGGCAGCGUAGAGAACCGCGCGAGAUUUGCCCUCGAGGUCCUAGAGGCUGUGGCGAAAGAGGUGGGGGCAGAUAGAACGGCGAUUCGGCUGAGCCCUUGGAACACAUUUCAGGAUAUGCGGAUGGCCGACCCCAAGCCUACUUUCGCGCAUCUAGUGUUACAGAUCAAGGAGCGGUUGCCUGACCUAGCGUAUCUCCACGUUACAGAGCCGAGGGUAGCUAAUGAGCAACGAGAGCUGGAGGACGUUCCAGAAGAAGAGGAGAACGACUUUCUGAGGAGCAUUUGGGCGCCGCGUCCGUUUGUUAGUGCUGGAGGGUAUACGAGGGAUCUAGCGAUCAAGGCAGCAGAGAGGGGCGACGUUGUCGCUGUAGGGCGCCACUUCCUUGCCAACCCAGAUUUACCGGUGCGGUGGAAGGAAGACCUGCCCUUGAACCGGUACGACCGAUCGACGUUUUAUGUUCCCGGGGAUGCAUCUGGAAAGGGCUAUUUGGACUACCCCUUCGUGGACGGCACGACAUCAAUACCGCCAGCCGUCACCGAGAAAUAUCUCGCUCGUCCCGACAGCAGUGGCGGUAUUCCUAUCGAGCCGCAGGCGUAA